AGCAGAAGCUCGAGCUGCAAGAUUGGUGGUGGUUAUAAAGAAGCAAGGGCCAGAGGUUCCCACCGCUGCAGCCGUCUGUGUUGGUGGAACGGUGGUUCCUGACCCCGAAGAGCAGACACUGUAUAGCAACAGGAUUUGCCAGCAUAAAUAUCCUGCCCUUCGGCUCAGAACAUUAAUCUUGACGUACUUGCAAAAAGGAAUGAAGAAAAUGAGCAACAUCUAUGAAUCAGCAGCCAAUACCCUGGGAAUUUUUAACAGCCCAUGCCUGACUAAAGUGGAGCUGCGAGUUGCAUGCAAAGGCAUAUCAGACCGGGAUGCCCUCUCCAAACCCGAUCCCUGUGUCAUCCUUAAAAUGCAGUCACAUGGCCAGUGGUUUGAGGUUGACAGGACAGAAGUGAUUCGAACCUGUAUAAAUCCCGUCUUCUCCAAGCUGUUCACGGUGGACUUCUAUUUCGAAGAGGUGCAGCGGCUGCGGUUUGAAGUCCAUGACAUUAGCAGCAAUCACAAUGGACUGAAGGAAGCAGAUUUUCUUGGUGGCAUGGAGUGCACUCUUGGGCAA